UCGGAAAAAAGUUAAAGUAUCAAUCAAGAAAAUAAAUUUUUAAAAAAUAGCUGCAAUGCCUGAAACAUAAAUUUUCCAACUGUAUCAAAGAGUGGUUCAAAAAUAAUAAAAGGACUCCCUGUAAAGACAAGCUCAAGACAUUGACUCUUAACAUGAGUCACAACCGUUUCCUUCACGGGUGUGUGGAAGAAAACGAAAUUGAAAGAAAAUAAGGAACUGCAGAUGGCUAAAUUGGUUGAUCUCUAUCAUUUACACAGCAAACCUUUAUCGUGCGCAGCUUCAGAGGUUCCAAAGAAAAAGAAAAUAAGAAUGAAAAUCCAAGAGUACUUUUUCCUGAUAGGUUUUUUGUCCUUCGACUGUGAAAAUGGAACAAGAAUUAUUUUUGCCUGUACAGUAACGGACAAAGAAGCACCCCACGAGAACAUAACAAUUCAAGAUAACACACAAGCUGAUUUCAUUUACCACCUAAGAGUCAACACCAGCCAGACUUUCAACGAUACGAUUUUCGUAAUUGAAACUAAGUUGUGCGAAAUUGAAAAAUAUCACGAUGUGUGCCGAUGCCGAUGGAUUCCUGGGAAGAAUGCCGAGUGUAGAAAACACAGAGAUGUUUUCAUGUGUGAGGCUGACAACCACGUGAUGCGCUUCUCUCUACUUGUCAGGCGGACAUAUAGCCACAUCCUGUGGGAACUCUACAGACCAAAUUUGGCUCUGGUUAUGCUAAAAACUAGUAAUCUACAAGUCAUUUACCCGCCAAAAGUCACAGGGCUGCAGGUGAAUGGACGAGAAACUAACGAGACUUUCGUAGUUGACGAGAACCAGAUGCUCAGAGUCUCGUGCACCUUCGAAAAUGGAAAUCCUCCUGUCAGUUUUCUUAUCCGAGACAAAACAAGACAAAGACAUAAUUCUACAAAACAAGAAGGGGGACCUCUCGUGAUUUCUCUGGAAGGUUCUCACUGUCACGACAUCUGGCCGGUCAUCACGUGCGAGGCACCGGGAUCGGAACUAAACAGAUCUGUCGCCAUUCUUGUCAGAUGUCUCCCUGAAUUGUUCCACACAGGAUACCAUUUAUUAGCGUUGGACAGAGUUCUCCAAGAGGGUUUAACUUUUAGAAUGAGGUCCUACACCACAAAUAUAAAAAAAUGUAUGAUGACAAAAUUUCCUCCACAACCUAUCAUUAAGCAAGUACCAUGUGCAUUAAAAGGAAGAGUUCCAGAACUUAGACUGUUCCUGAGUCCUGCUAUGGUUUCGUGGACUGACGAAGGGAUUUGGAUGUUACAUGUAUUUACAGAGAUGGGCGAUUCAAACAUCACUUUUGUACUCACAAAUACCACUACUGACUCUCGUGGAGGAGACACUGCAGUUACGGACGGAAACAUAACGAUCAAGACCUGUGAGUUCAACUUCUAAAGCAGAAUGCAAGAUUGUUUGAAGCACAAUGAUACGUUUGUCCUUCUUCAACUUUAUCUAAUUAUCAUUUAUUAAAGACCAUUCUAAAUGGUUUGCAUUCUUAACAGAUAUCGGUAGAUAUAAGCGAUAUCAAC